AUGUCUAACUAUGCUACGCGAGAUGCGACAUUCAUUCUGACCGAGAGUAACAACUGGACAGCGUGGUAUCGUCAACUUAAAAUCAGAUGUGAAUCACUGAAUAUUUGGGCACUCGCAGAUCCAGAGGGCUCGCAAGAACCACAACCAAAAUCAAGGCUUCCGCUCCCUCUGGUGCUAUCAAAUUACGAAUCGAUCGCGACUCUACCGUUGAGUACAACCACCGCGUCGAGCUCCCGAACCCGCGGUAACACGCAACUAUCACAACGCGAAGAACCUGUUGUUGUAGACAUACCUACGCGAGUCUCCGAUCUGACGACCACCGGACAAGAAGAACAUCAAGAAUAUCGUAAAGACUACAAGAUGCGCAUAGAAACGUAUAGAUUCCUCAAAAAAGAAUACAACGAGGAACAUGCAAAAUAUGAAAACUCUCAGGCCCAUGAGAACCCCAACAACUGGGAACCUUGGUUGAUGGAAUACGACCAAUCAGCCACUCGGGCGGAAGCCCUAGAAGUGAGCGAGGUACGAAACACUAAGGAUAUGAUACGAGACUUCCUAGACGCCGUCAAAAAAGUGGUCCCAAACUGGAGUAAGCAGAAGAGCGCUUUCGUUAUAGAAGAGGCAUCGUUUCUCGCUAGCGGUGAAUCCGACCAGAAUACACUUAGAGACGCCUCAGAUAUAUCUCAAAGAGCACCACCCGCCUACUCACAGGGCAACCUAAGAAAACCCAGGAAGAAAAGAAAACGUAAUAGUCAAGAGACCAAAUCCAAGCAAUUCACAAAGAGAAAUACCAUGGCAGCAGGAGAUGAUUAUCCUGCUUGUGGACAGCGCCACAAUCUAUCAGACUAUUACUACGCAUUUCCUAAGAAAGCACCCAAGUGGUUCAAACCAAAUCGGAAGAUUGCUAGGUUAGUCAAGCACAUAAUAAAAUUUAAUAACGAGCUAUAG